GGCAAUGUUAAAAGUUUAAAAUAAUAAUAUUUAGUAGAAAGUCACCUAAGAUACUGUCAGUGUCAGAUAGGGAUACUUCAACUCAACAACUUUAAAUCUCAUUCAGUCAGCAUGAAAUUGUCUACCGUACUCUUUCCCGUCGCCUUGUUGUGCACUUCACUCUCAGUGGCAGCGGCAGCAUCAGCGAAUACCGCCGAAGAGGAAGAGACCUCAGAUGGAGGGUUUUUUAGUGGUAUUAAAAACACAUUCAACUCGGUCAAAGACGCUUUCACAAGCGGUGUUGAUAAGAUAAAGCAUAUCGGUGAUAAGACUUUUGUGCUUAACAACACCAAGGACACAGAAGCGUGGGUUGCCAUUGCUUACAAGCACACUGGGAGUGAACAGACAGAAGACCUAACUAGCGUAGCAUGGAUGGAAGUCAAGCCUAACACCGCCAAGGAUAUAUACACGAGUAAAGACACCGAUACGUUCUAUAUAUAUAUCAGUGAUAAGAAGGGCGUUGAGGGUUUGCAGCUGUUUAACAGUGCUGGAACGCCUGCCGGGUUCUGUGUUUCCAACGAUGAUCAUACUAUACAGGUCAAAGAUAGCGAGUACGAAGUUUGGAACACAUCUGGACUUACAAUGCCGUUCCAGAGCAAACAGGAUUCCUGUUUCGAGGCUGGAGGUGCCGUAAAAUCUUUUCAGCCUGUAACUUACACCGAUGAAUUAACCAUUGUUUACUAAAUUUCAGAUGGCGACAACGCUAUAAAGUUCAAGGCAUCUGUGAUGGUGGAGAAUUGAAUAGAAACUACAUUUUCAAAAUACCUCACGAGGUAAAUAUUAAUAGUAAAAGCACGAAAAUACUACAAUUGAUAGCUCAGUACUUCGGCGCUGUAUUCAACACAUCGACUUUUAUUAAUUCACACU